GUACCCACUGGGGUGGCGUUUGCUGGUAUAGGACUGAAGAAGUGUGUAACCUCUGUGUUAGCCCCUCAUACAGGACGGGUCAUAACCUCAGAAUGUUCUCCACACCACAGAAAUGCUAUCCUAUCUGCAGCUUCAGAUAAUGAAAUUAGGCUUUACAGUCUCCUCCAGCCCAACAGACCAGUAAGUGUGAUAUACAGUGAACAGAACAUAAGUUGUGCACACUGGUCACUGUCCAGGCCAUUGGUUGUUGCGGUGGGACUUAUGACAGGCCAGGUUGUACUGUAUGACUUUGGUCAGAAAAACUGCGAACCAUUCCUCACUUUACCAGCUGCAGAGAAACCUUCUCCUAUUACUACUACAGCUUUUAAUAAGAAGAACAUGGCUCUAAUUGCCGUUGGUGAUCAGCUGGGGAGGGUCUCCUUAUGGCAGCUACCGAACAGUGCUGUUUCUCCGACAUCAACUGAACUGUCCACUCUUUUUACACUUUUGGGCAAUCUGACUGAGUAGUCUGUAAUAUCAAAAUGUCAGACCCAUGCACAACCAUGCUAUAUAGAGAGGAUGAAGUGAAAGCAAUGAAAAAUAAUGGAUUGCUUAUAUUGAAGACCUCAGGGGAUAUUUGGUUAAAACCUGCCGAAAAAGCAAUUUAGGAUUUUUGUGAAAUACUGCACCCUUCAAAAAAUUCCCCAAUGUUUGCCCCCUUCCUAUUUUUGUGAGGGGUAAAGUAACCUCAUGACAGUUACCUUACAAGUUUCCAUAUUCCUUUAGUGAAAUGAACCUAACAUUGUUGUCACUCCAUAUACAGUACUUGAUACACGUUGAGUAUAUAUUUUCCCAUGGGUUUACACCAGAUUUUAUAGGUGUAAAAGUAAACCUAGCUUUGGAAAUCAAUUAUAUUUUCCUAAGAGAA